UCACGUUUGUGUCCGUGGUGGUCCCACCCAUCAAAACACCAACAUGCAUUCUCACACCGUGCACGCUGACGGAGCUUUAAAGAGGCCGUUUUUACAAGACUUCUUUUGCUUCUCUUGACAGUCGCCUGUCAGCUGGGGCACUACCUGCAGCAGCUGACUGGAAGACAGACACCAGCUGCAACAAAUACAACGUGAUAGGUGUGUGAAAGCAGAAAGAGCUCAUGAAGGACGAGGAGCAGCCGGGGCACUGGCAGGAGACRGGCAGAUGGGUGGGCUACGAGGAGAGCUUCGACCCGCAGGCGGGGGUGUGGGCCUCCUCACAGAUCUCCUACCUCACGUUCAGGAGCCUCAUCCAGCUGCGGCGCACCAUGAACACUGUUGUGACCAUUUUCGACGGCGAGGAGAAGACUCUGGCUGCCAUCGCUGAGAAGAUGGUUGCUGAGAUGGUUAAUAAGAAGGAAAUCAGGUCUGGAGACCGGGAAGGUGUGCUGAAAUCGCUGGUCCAAAACCGCAGUGAAUCAUCUGAUCCAGAAAGUCAAAAGCUGACUGAUGGAGUGGACCUGCACAAGUUUUCUGUCCAGGAAAGAAAGGAUGAAAGUGAUCACGUCGAGGCCUCAAUGGUGCUCGUAGGAGCCUUGGAUUUCCURGAGAAACCCACGGUUGCUUUUGUGCGUUUGAAGGAAGCGACGGCACUCGACUCAGCCCUGGAGGCCCCGGUGCCUGUUCGCUUUGUUUUGGUUCUGGUUGGCCCUGGCAAGGCUGACAUGGACUACCAUGAAACGGGCCGAGCUUUGGCUGCUCUGAUGGCUGAUAAAGUGUUUAACCAGGCAGCAUUAGAUGCAAAGAGUGCCAGAGACCUGACGGACGCUUUAGUCGAAUUCAUUGACUGCAGCAUCGUCAUCCCACCAACAGAAAUCAAGAACGAAGCUAUGCUGAGCUCCAUCAUCAACUUUCAGAAGAAAUUCCUGAAGGACAGACUGCACUCCUCAGAGAUCAUGCCCCGCAGGGACUCCAAAGCUCAUAGAGUUUCUAUUUCUAGUGGCUCUCCUGCUGAAGACCCCCUUUCUCGCACCGGUCGACCAUUCGGGGGCAUGAUUCGAGACAUCAAGAGACGCUACCAGUACUACAAGAGUGACCUCACAGACGCCCUGAAUGCCCAGGCUCUUGCUGCUAUCAUCUUCAUAUACUUUGCUGCCUUGUCGCCUGCCAUCACUUUUGGAGGACUUCUGGCUGAYAAGGUGGACAACAUGAUGGGUGUAUCGGAGCUCCUGCUUUCUACCAGCAUCCAGGGGAUCAUCUUCUGUUUUGUCUCUGCUCAGCCCAUCCUGGUUAUCGGUUUCUCUGGUCCUCUUUUAGUUUUCGAGGAGGCCUUCUUCGCUUUCUGCAAGUCCCAGGACAUCGAGUACAUUGUAGGGAGGGUGUGGGUCGGGGUGUGGCUCAUCAUCAUUGUGGUGACCAUUGUGGCCUUUGAGGGCAGCUUCCUGGUGCGCUACAUCUCACGCUUCACCCAGGAGAUCUUCUCCAUCCUCAUCUCCAUCAUCUUUAUUUAUGAAACUUUUGCCAAAUUAGGAAGGACCUUCAAGGACCACCCACUAAUUCUGAAUUACGAUCACCUGAACUCAACAAUUGAAAACCCCUGGAACCCAAGGAUGGAAGAGACCUUCAUCUACGACAACGCCACCGGCAACAUCACCAUUAUUGUCGACAUGAUAAAACCGCCAUACCCCAACACGGCCCUGCUCUCCAUGUGCCUCAUGUUCGGCUGCUUCUUUAUUGCUUUCUUCUUGCGGCAGUUUAAAAAUGGGACAUUUCUUCCUGGAAAGGUCCGUCGCUUGCUAGGGGACUUUGGCGUUCCUAUUGCCAUCUUCCUCAUGAUAUUGGUGGACUACAACAUUGAGGAUACUUACACUCAGAAACUGGUUGUUCCCAAAGGGUUGACAGUGUCAAACCCAGACAAGAGAGGUUGGCUCAUCAACCCCUUCGGAGAGCACCAGUCUUUCCCUGUGUGGUUGAUGUUUGCAUCCUGCAUCCCAGCCUUACUUGUCUUCAUCCUCAUCUUUCUGGAGUCUCAGAUCACAACACUGAUCAUCAGCAAACCUGAGAGAAAGAUGAUCAAAGGUUCUGGCUUCCACUUUGACUUGCUKGUUCUAGUCGGAAUGGGAGGGCUCUGCGCCAUAUUUGGCAUGCCGUGGCUUAGCGCCGCGACAGUCCGAUCAGUCACCCACGCCAACGCUCUCACAGUCAUGAGCAAAGGACCAAAACCUGUGAUAGAGCGAGUGCUGGAGCAGAGGAUCAGUGGCAUCGUGGUGGCCUUGCUUGUUGGUCUGUCAAUUCUGAUGGAGCCGAUCUUGAAGCUGAUUCCCAUGUCGGCCUUGUUCGGGAUCUUCCUCUACAUGGGAGUCACGUCACUGAAUGGCAUCCAACUGUGGGAUCGUAUACUGCUGCUUCUCAUUCCUAAGAAAUACCACCCUAAUGAACCUUACGCCACCAGAGUGAGCACAGGGCGGAUGCACCUGUUUACAGUAAUCCAGAUGGUGUGUCUAGCACUCUUGUGGCUUGUGAAAUCCAGCCCAGCWUCCCUGGCGCUCCCCUUUGUUCUCAUCCUYACCAUCCCUCUGCGCAUGUUGAUGACUGGCCAUCUCUUCACCGAGCUGGAGAUGAAAUGUCUGGAUGCUGACGACGCCAAAGUGACGUUCGAGGAGGAGCCUGGGCAGGACGUGUACUGUGAAACUCAGAUGCCUUUGUAGACAUCUUCCUCAGCAACUAAUGACACUAUAUGUAUUGUUUAUAUUUUCUGAAAACAUAUAUUUAUUCUAUUUUAUCCUAACACAAACUUUUAAUUUCCUGAUGAAGACAAAAAUAUUUAAGUGGUUUUAUAUAUUUAUUUUUGUUUUAUGAACAUGAAAUGCAGAUAACAGAUCCCAGCUGGAAGUGAAUAUGGAUGAACAGCUUUAACAUCUUAAGUUUAAAUUCAUUUCUUGUUUUGCUUGUCUGGAGAAGAAUAUUUUGUCAUUUUCUUUUUUUUUCACAAAAUACAAUUUUAUUCAAAAUGCAAAUGCUUUGUGUAGUUAAAGCUGGAGAAACGUAAUUCAAAAGUUCAAGCCAACACCUCAGAUUCAAAGCUUAAGUAUUGAAAAAAUACAGUAAAUAAAUAUAUUUUUCUCCCCUUUUGCAGUCACAUUGAAUGUAAGAGUAUUUUUUUAAGUUUCUUUGAAAACAAGUCUUGUUUUCAAACAUUUAGGCUAAUUGUGAAUAAAGAUUUUGCAUUUACAAGCUGUUGAUCCAGCAAAUUGUAUGCCGGCUUUAUUAAAGACAUUCAAACAGUGUAAAGCCAUAAAAAACGUUUUAUUGUGUUGCUGUUCUUUUGUUAUCUCUAUGAACAAAAUGAUCGGCCAUUUUCAGUAAGUUAGAGUCAUUUUGAACUGGGCUUGCUCAGUAAAAGUACAUCCAAUGAUUACCCUGUGAACGCUUCAUUAGGUCUGUCCAGUGGGUCUUGAAAUAUUUUGCUAACAGACAAUGUUGACUGUAACUCUGUGGCGAAAAGCAACAAUGUGGCACAAUGAGUAGCACUCAAAUUAUGUGUUGAGAUUUUCACUCACAACCACACCAAAUUCAUGUGAAUGUACGUAAAAUUAGUUUUUGUCAUGCUGAUCAUCUGUGGCAACCAUCUUUAAUUGAGUACAUGAUGUAAUUAGUUGCAGGUGUUCAACCAGUGAUUACUUUCUGGGAGUUUCAUUUAUAUUUAUCUCAUGGUUUGCUCAGU